CACACUAAUAAAAUAAUAAAAUACAUUUGUCCAAUUAAGGGGGCAUAAAUUCCAAAACUCAGUUUCUUCCAACUCCCAAAUAAAACAUUAUAAAAUUAGUUGAAAUACAAAGCCAACCCAUCUUCCUCUUCCCUUCUUCUUCUUCUUCCUCUUCCUCUUCUUCUUCUUCCAUGGAUGAUGACAGAAGAAGCUAUUAUGGAAACUCAUCUAUGGAGAUUCAGAAGUAUUAUGGGCCACCAAAGAUCCAAGAAUCUGUGAAGAAAGGGAAAAGCAUUUCUGGGUCAUCUUCAAAAUCAUGGAGAUUUGUUGCAGACCCUGAAUUUCAAAGGAAAAAAAGAGUUGCAAGUUACAAGAUGUAUUCUGUUGAAGGCAAGAUGAAAGGAUCCUUUAGAAAGAGCUUCAAAUGGCUUAAGGAUAAGUAUACCCAAAUGCUUUAUGGCUGGUGGUGAGUUCUUCCCUCCCCCCCAAUUAAAAUCCAAUUGAAUAUGUAUUUGGGAAAAUUUUCUAUUCAAUUAAAUAGUCUAUCUAUCAUUUGUUUUUUGUUGGGAGAUUUGUGUUUCAGUUCUUGAUUGUUGUUCUUCUUCAUCUUUUGAUCUGUUUGUUUUGGGAGUUUUCUUAAUGUUGAAAUGUAAACAAAGUCAAUUAGUCAAACUUUGGAAAUAAAAGCUAUUAUAUUUUUCUUUUUCUU